AUGUCGAACAUCCCAUCCUCCGUACCAGAGCAGUACCGACCAGGUUUCUUGCCUCCCUCCAUCGCUAAACAGGCUCAGGAUGCGUUACCAGGUAAACAAGUGCCCUUAAACCCGCCUCCUUUAGACGACGUGUUGGCAGAUGGAACAAAGUAUAAAGCGGCGGGUAAACUAGAAGGGAAGAACGCUGCUAUUACUGGGGGUGAUUCCGGUAUUGGUAGAGCCGUGGCUAUCUUGUACGCUCUAGAAGGUGCAAAUGUUCUGAUCCAGUACCAACCAGCCGAGGAAGAAGACGCCAAGAACACUAAGGAAUACAUCUCGAAGGUAGCUCCAAAGGCCAAAGUAGAACUUGUCGCUCAAGAUCUGAGGGAUGAGAAGGGGGCUUUGGAAUUGGUCGAUAAGAUCAAGAAGUGGAGUGGCGGUGAAUUGCAUGUUCUCGUGAACAACGCUGCGACUCAAAACGAAGUCGAGCAUAUUGAAGAUCUCCCUUCCGACCAAUGGAGACAUGUUUUCGACGUCAACAUCCACGCUAUUUUCUACCUCACCAAGAACCUUAUUCCGAUUAUACCUUGGGGAGGAUCAAUCAUCAACAACGCUUCGAUCAACCCAUUCGUCGGUCACCCGAAAUUACUAGAUUAUACAGCUACGAAGGGAGCUAUCGUUGGAUUCACCAGGGCUUUAUCCAAUCAAAUUGUGAAGGAGAAAGGUAUCAGAGUAAACGCUGUCUGUCCUGGACCAAUCUGGACCCCUCUUAUCCCCGCAACCAUGACCAAGGAGUCACUCGAAAACUUCGGUCCAAGUACUCCUAUCGGUCGAGCGGGCCAACCCGUCGAAGUAGCCACCGCGUUCGUGUUCCUCGCUAGCGCCGAUUCGUCCUACUUCACCGCCCAAUGUUUCCACGUGAAUGGUGGUUCCGCCUACUAA